CGCGACGAGGCUAUCCCAACUCAUCGUCCGGAUGCGCAUUCAGGUCCGGCGAAGUCGCGCCACGGCCAUCGGGCGGAUCAUUUCGGUUCUGUACGAUGGCCCUCGCGCUGCACGCCACGCCCGCGCCAGUGCCCCGGGGUCCGAUUCACGUGACGCCCAUGACCCCCGCCCCGCUCGCCACCGUCAACGACGACCUGCUCAACGCUGUCACCGGCUUUUUGGCCGUUGAAGAUGUCCUCGCCGCGGCCGCCACGUCCCGCGCCAUGUUCCGCUCGAUCCACGACCACACCACGUACUGGCGGGACCUCGAGCUCAAUGGCGCCACGUCGGAGCUCCUGCAGCGACUCUUGCCGUUCGCGUCGGUCAUGCGCUGCGUGCGCUUCCGCAAGUCGACCGCCUCGACCGACGCGUGGCUUGCGUUCGCGCAGUCCACUCGCGACCUUACAGUGCUUGAUGUCUCGGGCAGCAAGCACGUCACCGACGACGUCUUCCGCCUCUUUUGCGCGCGCAGCGCCACGACGCUUCGCGAAGUCGCCGCCGACAACUGCUCGUGGAUUUCGACGCUGGCGCCGAUGCUGCCGUUUGCGCCCUCUCUGCGCGCGCUGUCGUUCAACCGGUGCCGGCAACUCGUCACGGCUGACGUUCUUGACGUUGUCUCCCAGGCACCGCAGCUCGUGUCGCUCGAUCUCAAGGGCAACCCGAAAGUCAGCCCAUCCACCGUCGUCAUGACUGCCAUCGCAUCGUGCCCGCAGCUCAAGGUGCUGACGCUCGGCGGUAGCGGGCGCUACACGAAAGACGUCAACGCCGAGUUCAUCCAGGCCUUCAGCUCUCAGAACCAAGCGAUCGCGCUCGAAUGUUUAGACCUCUCGUGCAGCAACCCGUUUGGCUCGCGGUCGCCCCUCGUCGACGACGGCCUCGUGCCCCUCUUGCAGCUGUGCCCGAACAUGCGAGCGUUGUACUUGAAGGGGCAGUCGAACCUCUCGAGCCACAUUUUUUGCGCCCUCCCUCCGCAGCUCAAGACGCUGGACGUUACAGGCUGCGCGAUGGCGACUGCGAACCUCGAUGGCCUCGCCUGCCUUCCGUUCCUGGAAGAGCUCGUGCUCUACGCGUGCAAUAACGUCACGGACGAUGCCCUUCUCCGCCUGAAAGUCACACACCCCCACCUCGUCAAACUGGAUGUCGAGGGAUGCACCGCAGUCUCGGCGGAAGUGCGGGACUUAUUUAGUCAGUGUUGAUUGUAUUAUCCUCUUAAUAUUUAUACGAAUGAAAUGACGCCGCGAUUGCGCUUCAAAUAUGCGCGCAGCACCUCCC